AUGGCUUCCAUCAUUAUACCAAACACCGACCCAAUGUCGGAUCCCUCCAGCAUCACAGAAAACACGACAGCCAGCAUGAGCCCACUUCUUCGUACUUGUUUCUACAAAAGAAGCAAGUACUACUUCCCCACCGUCGAUCCAAAAGUCCACGAAUUCUCCCAUGAGGUCCACAAGUUAUUCUCCCAAUGCUUCGGAACUCCAACUUCAGACCUCGGUGCUCUAGCCUGCCUACCUCAAGAUUUACUCGGGGAUAUCGUCCUGAAGCUAGACAUCGACUCGUUUCGCCGCUUCAGACAAGUCAGCCGUCGUGCGCGCUGCUUAGCAACUGAUCUCCCCAUCUACCAGCGCGUUCUGCACUACGCCCCCGACGCUCUCAACGCUUUCAGAAGAACAGGCCUUAGCUGUUAUGUCUCAUAUGCAGAUGUCUAUAAUGCACUUAUGACAUCAACGUGUGCGUUCUGCGGUUUGUUCGGCAAUUUUCUGUUCCUUCCGACCGCCAAACGCUGCUGCUUCGAAUGUCUUCGCAUAUCACCUGAAACAGCUGUUGUCAACGAAGCACGCAUCAGCAAGAGGGACGAGUGGAGAUAUUUAUACAACGAGCGUGCCGAGGACCUUGCCGAAGCCUUGAAGACAGCGGAUAUGUGUUCGUUCAAGACGCAUAACUGGGAUGAUGUUCAGAAAAUGUCCAAGACUCGUGGCGUUCUGGCAAAGGAUUUACUAGCAGUAUACAUCAAAGUCGACAAAGUCCUGGAAAAAACUGGCCAAGCCCUUUUAAAACCAGGCUGGCUUCACUAUCGUCUCGCAGCAAGUCUCAUCUUCCCCUCCCUCAAUUCUCGCACGGGAAAGCUUGAGACGGGAGUUAGCUGCAAAGGGUGUCAUGUAAAUCACAUGAGACAAGGCCCCUCAUUGCUCGUCCCACUGCCAACAUUUCGAAAUAUGUUUACCGUAUGGUGUCGAACUCGCGAUAUGUCAUAUUCCGAAAAGAAUGCUGCUUCGCAUCUUUCCGAAUGCUUGGAGGCGCAGAGACUCUGGAGGGAGAAAAGAGGGUUUUAUUAUCUCCGAGGGAAUACUCGUCGACGAGAGCAGGAGAAUUGAGCAGAUGCGAGUGAGUAGGGCUAGGAAUACAUGAAAGACAAUACAGAACAAGGGCGAGUUGCCUUUAUCUUGGGCAGGCAGUUAAAUCAUUUCACCAUGAGUCAGUUUAAUGGUUUACGUAGACCAUAGUAACAUCUCGACAAGAUAGAUCUAUGCAGCAUCUCUUCCAAGCUCUGCCCAAUUGUUC